AAACUAAAUUCUUAACGAUUGGAUAAAAAUAUUUUAAAAUUUUUACCGUGCUGCCGACUAUAAAAUAAAAUUAUGAAAACAAUGCAUUUAAUUAAAGUUAAGACUAAACUCGCGCUGAAAAUGCCCGAAAUCGAAAGAAACUAGCAAAAAGUCCAAAACCAAAAAUCGCACAAAAAAAUAUUGCAAAGCUAUAAAUAGCAACAGCAACAACAACAACAACAACAAGAAAGCCAGACAACAAAAGAGAGCCAGGAGCAGAAAACCAGCAACAAAAAAGAAACCAACAAAAAAAAACAGCAAAACGACGGCCCAAAAAUGUUGUACCAGCUAAGUAAAGCCACUACUAGAAUCCGACUCAAAAGGCAAAAAGCCGUUCCACAACAUUGCUGGCUCUGGAGUUUAGCAUUUCUGGCAGCAUUUACUCUAAAGAGCAUUCAAUGUGCCGACUUAGCCAUAAGCAUACCCAAUAAUCCCGGACUGGAUGAUGGGGCAUCAUAUCGAUUGGACUAUAGUCCACCCUUUGGUUAUCCAGAGCCAAAUACGACGAUUGCCUCCCGGGAAAUUGGCGAUGAGAUCCAAUUCUCACGCGCCCUGCCCGGCACUAAGUACAACUUUUGGCUGUACUACACGAACUUCACGCAUCACGAUUGGCUUACCUGGACGGUGACGAUAACAACAGCUCCCGAUCCGCCCUCGAAUCUAUCUGUCCAAGUGAGAAGCGGCAAGAAUGCCAUCAUCCUUUGGUCACCACCCACCCAGGGUAGCUAUACGGCAUUUAAGAUCAAAGUCCUUGGCCUAUCGGAAGCAUCGAGCAGCUACAAUCGCACCUUUCAGGUCAAUGACAAUACAUUCCAGCACAGCGUCAAGGAACUAACACCGGGAGCCACCUACCAGGUCCAGGCAUAUACCAUUUACGAUGGCAAGGAGUCGGUGGCCUAUACCAGUCGCAAUUUUACCACAAGUCGAAGGACGCGGCAUAAAGAAUUGCUGGACAUUAAGAUCUUAAGAGAGCCCAACACUCCGGGGAAAUUCAUCGUCUGGUUCCGUAAUGAGACGACACUGCUGGUCCUCUGGCAGCCGCCAUAUCCGGCAGGCAUUUAUACGCACUACAAGGUAUCCAUCGAGCCGCCGGAUGCCAACGAUAGUGUACUUUAUGUGGAAAAAGAGGGUGAACCGCCUGGGCCGGCACAGGCUGCUUUCAAGGGUUUGGUGCCCGGAAGGGCCUACAAUAUAUCCGUGCAGACGAUGUCCGAGGAUGAGAUCUCAUUGCCAACGACGGCACAAUAUCGUACAGUGCCAUUGCGUCCAUUGAACGUGACCUUCGACCGGGACUUCAUUACCUCGAAUUCGUUCCGGGUGUUAUGGGAGGCGCCCAAGGGUGUCUCCGAAUUUGACAAGUAUCAGGUUUCGGUGGCCACCACACGCCGUCAGUCCACUGUGCCGCGUAGCAAUGAACCGGUGGCCUUCUUUGAUUUUCGUGAUAUUGCCGAACCGGGAAAGACGUUCAAUGUGAUCGUGAAGACGGUAUCUGGUAAGGUUACUUCAUGGCCAGCCACUGGAGAUGUCACCCUGCGACCCCUGCCCGUUCGUAAUCUGAGAAGCAUCAACGAUGAUAAGACCAACACCAUGGUUAUUACUUGGGAAGCAGAUCCGGCCAGCACGCAGGAUGAGUAUCGCAUUGUAUACCACGAAUUGGAAACUUUCAAUGGAGACACUAGCACACUAACCACAGAUCGGACUAGGUUUACUCUGGAGAGCCUUCUGCCAGGACGUAAUUACUCCCUAUCCGUACAGGCGGUGUCCAAGAAGAUGGAAUCGAACGAAACUAGCAUAUUCGUGGUGACCCGACCCUCGUCGCCUAUUAUUGAGGAUUUAAAGAGCAUCCGAAUGGGUCUGAACAUCAGCUGGAAGAGUGAUGUCAACUCCAAGCAGGAGCAGUACGAGGUGUUGUACUCGAGGAAUGGAACCAGUGAUUUGCGUACCCAGAAAACUAAGGAAUCCCGGCUGGUGAUCAAGAACCUGCAGCCAGGAGCUGGAUAUGAACUCAAAGUCUUUGCAGUUAGUCAUGAUUUGAGAAGCGAACCUCAUGCCUAUUUCCAAGCAGUUUAUCCCAAUCCUCCACGUAACAUGACCAUCGAAACGGUGCGCAGCAAUUCCGUUUUGGUUCAUUGGUCUCCGCCGGAAAGUGGUGAGUUUACGGAAUACUCGAUACGCUAUCGAACGGACAGUGAACAGCAAUGGGUUCGCCUGCCCAGCGUUCGUUCCACGGAGGCGGAUAUCACCGAUAUGACCAAGGGUGAAAAGUACACCAUACAGGUGAACACGGUUAGCUUUGGUGUCGAGAGUCCUGUACCCCAGGAAGUCAACACUACAGUGCCACCGAAUCCAGUAUCGAAUAUCAUCCAGUUAGUGGACUCACGUAAUAUCACUUUGGAAUGGCCCAAGCCGGAGGGCAGGGUGGAGUCUUAUAUAUUGAAAUGGUGGCCCAGCGAUAAUCCCGGACGUGUCCAGACCAAGAACGUAUCCGAGAACAAGUCGGCCGACGAUUUGUCCACCGUGCGUGUCCUGAUUGGGGAACUGAUGCCUGGCGUCCAGUAUAAGUUUGAUAUCCAGACGACAUCCUAUGGAAUCCUUUCGGGCAUUACUAGUCUUUAUCCACGCACCAUGCCGCUGAUACAGUCCGACGUUGUGGUGGCCAAUGGCGAGAAGGAAGACGAAAGGGACACCAUCACCCUGAGCUAUACACCAACACCGCAGUCCUCUUCCAAGUUUGAUAUCUAUCGAUUCUCAUUGGGUGAUGCUGAGAUCCGUGAUAAGGAAAAACUGGCCAAUGAUACGGAUCGCAAGGUGACGUUUACGGGUCUAGUGCCCGGGCGAUUGUACAACAUCACCGUGUGGACAGUGAGCGGUGGAGUGGCCAGUUUGCCAAUACAGCGACAGGAUCGUUUGUAUCCGGAACCCAUAACCCAAUUGCAUGCCACCAAUAUUACGGAUACGGAGAUCUCACUGCGAUGGGAUCUUCCGAAGGGCGAGUAUAAUGACUUCGAUAUAGCCUACCUUACGGCUGAUAACCUGUUGGCCCAGAACAUGACCAUUAGGAAUGAGAUCACCAUUAGUGACCUGCGACCCCAUAGGAACUAUACAUUCACAGUGGUUGUACGUUCCGGAACUGAAUCUUCAGUUCUUAGAAGUAGUUCCCCUCUAUCAGCUAGCUUUACGACAAAUGAAGCGGUACCAGGACGCGUAGAACGUUUCCAUCCCACUGAUGUCCAGCCCAGUGAGAUCAAUUUCGAGUGGUCGCUGCCAUCAAGUGAGGCUAACGGCGUGAUUCGUCAAUUCUCGAUAGCCUAUACGAAUAUCAAUAAUCUUACGGAUGCCGGCAUGCAGGACUUUGAAUCGGAGGAGGCUUUUGGUGUGAUUAAGAAUCUAAAACCCGGAGAGACAUAUGUAUUUAAGAUUCAGGCCAAGACAGCCAUUGGCUUUGGACCAGAGCGAGAGUAUCGACAAACUAUGCCUAUAUUGGCGCCACCACGUCCUGCCACUCAAGUAGUGCCCACCGAGGUCUAUCGCAGCUCAUCGACCAUUCAGAUUCGAUUCCGUAAGAACUAUUUCUCCGAUCAGAAUGGUCAGGUUCGCAUGUACACUAUCAUAGUGGCCGAAGAUGACGCCAAGAAUGCCUCUGGCCUGGAGAUGCCCAGCUGGUUGGAUGUACAGUCGUAUAGCGUUUGGUUACCCUACCAGGCCAUCGAUCCCUACUAUCCCUUUGAGAAUCAAUCUGUGGAGGAUUUUACCAUUGGCACGGAGAACUGUGACAAUCAUAAAAUUGGCUACUGCAACGGACCACUGAAAUCGGGUACCACUUACCGGGUCAAAGUGCGAGCGUUCACCGGAGCGGAUAAGUUUACGGAUACAGCUUAUAGUUUUCCUAUUCAGACGGAAAUGCUCAGCUCACCGGAUCAAGACAACACCUCACUGAUUGUGGCCAUAACGGUGCCCCUAACGAUCAUCCUGGUGCUUCUGGUUACCCUAUUGUUCUACAAGCGACGACGUAAUAAUUGCCGUAAGACUACAAAGGAUUCGCGGGCCAAUGAUAAUAUGUCACUGCCGGAUAGUGUGAUCGAACAGAAUCGUCCGAUUUUGAUUAAGAACUUUGCGGAACACUAUCGUCUCAUGUCCGCUGAUUCGGAUUUCCGUUUCAGCGAAGAGUUUGAAGAACUGAAGCAUGUGGGCCGUGAUCAGCCUUGUACUUUUGCGGAUUUGCCAUGCAAUAGACCUAAGAAUAGGUUUACUAAUAUACUGCCCUAUGAUCAUUCGCGUUUCAAGCUCCAGCCGGUGGACGAUGAUGAGGGUAGUGAUUAUAUUAAUGCCAAUUAUGUGCCGGGACACAACUCGCCGCGGGAGUUCAUUGUGACCCAGGGACCGUUGCACUCGACUCGCGAUGAUUUCUGGCGGAUGUGCUGGGAGAGCAACUCGAGGGCUAUUGUCAUGUUGACCCGGUGCUUUGAGAAGGGACGGGAAAAGUGCGACCAAUACUGGCCAAAUGAUACUGUGCCCGUUUUCUAUGGAGACAUCAAGGUGCAGAUUCUCAAUGAUAGCCAUUAUGCUGACUGGGUGAUGACCGAGUUUAUGCUGUGCAGGGGCAGCGAACAGCGUAUCCUGCGGCACUUCCAUUUCACCACCUGGCCGGACUUUGGAGUCCCAAAUCCGCCACAGACUCUGGUGCGUUUUGUGCGCGCCUUCCGGGAUCGUAUCGGUGCCGAACAGCGACCCAUUGUGGUUCACUGCAGCGCCGGAGUGGGAAGGUCGGGUACCUUCAUCACCCUGGAUCGCAUCCUGCAGCAGAUCAACACGUCGGACUAUGUGGAUAUAUUUGGCAUAGUCUAUGCCAUGCGCAAGGAGCGCGUUUGGAUGGUGCAGACGGAGCAGCAGUACAUCUGCAUCCACCAGUGCCUGUUGGCGGUGCUUGAGGGCAAGGAGAACAUCGUGGGACCAGCCCGCGAGAUGCACGACAACGAGGGCUAUGAAGAUGACGAGGGCAUUGCAGAGUCGGGCAUGUAAGCCCAUUCCAGAAACCCAAACCUCCAGCCAGCCCCCAUCCCAAAACAGUCCAAAAAACCAACUCAACUCAAAACUCAAAUCAACUCAACACCGAAUGGAACCCAACCCAACCAUCAUGUGGCAACUACAUAAUUAUUUACUUAAGGGACAAAGUGAGAGGAGGGGCGCAGAGGAGGAUCAACGCUUGAUAUUAUGGAUAUAUAUAUAUAUACGUGUGUGUGUGUGUGUGUACUACACUGGAUACUACUGGAUAUAUAUAUAUAUAUAGAUGUAUACUCUACACCGAUCUAUAUCGAAUGGGAAUGCAGCAAUCUCGCCAAACAGAACGAAAAACAAAAAAAAAAAACAAAACACGCAUCAAUUUAUAAAUAUAUAUACAUAUAUAUCUAAGAUAACGAUGGAUCGAAGAGCGAUACUGAAAUACUGGAAUACUGAUUGUAUUUUUACGCUAGCCACAAUUUGAUAUAAACUAUAUAUCUUCCAAUUUUUUUGUACACCUAAUGUUAGUUGAAAGAAGUAUGAGGAGAGCGAGACGAGCAAAUUUUUGUAGCAAACUAAAAAAUGAGAAAAAACGCGCUAAA